AUGCACACCAAAUCCACAUCAAAUACUUCGUACAGGUCUGUCCCUACAAACGUAUCGUUUCCAUCAAAAAAGUGUUCUAUUUCAUUAUUAUCUGGUAUAAUUAUCACCCUAUUAACGUCUAUUAUAAUCGUAUUGUGCUUUUUAUACACUAUCGAACGAAGUAAAACAAGAAUAAACGCUAAAGACACUUGUGAUUUAUGUUUAACUCCUGAUUGUAUAAAAGCAGCAAGUUCUCUUUAUGAAAGUGUUGAUGAAACAAUUGAUCCUUGCGAAAACUUUUAUGAGUUCACUUGUGGAAAAUGGAUUAAGAAUGCAAAAAUAUCUGCUGAGAAAGAUGCUCAAAGUAUACACUUACAAAUGACAACAAGAUUAGAGAAUGCACUUGUUGAUCUACUGUCAUCAACACCAUCAAAUGGAACAAUAGAAUCAAAAGCAAUUACUAAUGCUCGUCACUGGUACAAUGCAUGUGUCAACCGAAACGCUAACAAAACUGAGGAUAUCCUUACCAUAUUUUCAUUCAUCCAAAAAGAACUUGGUGGAUUGCCUCUCAUUGAAGGUUUAGCAUGGAACGAAUCAACAUUUGACUUUUAUCGUCUCAUGUUCAAAUUAAAUCAAUACAACAGCUUCAAGCUGUACACAGUAAAGACAAUUAUCGAUUAUAAGAACUCAUCAUUACGAAGCAUUCUAAUUUAUCCAACUUCACCUUUAAUAGAUAUGCAUCUCCUCACUAUCGAAGGCAUGAAAAUAAUCGAACUAUCUUCAGUGGUCUUAUCAAACUCUCUUCAAGCAACGGAUGAUGAUGCAUCACAUCAAGAUGUUGACCUUGUUGAUCUACAGAAAUUUGCAUCUAAAAUUAGCGAAUAUAAGAAUAUAAGCAAUCUAUCAUUGAACGAUACAAUCCGCACAACAGUCAGUAAUCUUUCACAUGCAAUCAACAUUAGUUCUGAUUUUACCGAUUAUGUUCGUCGUCUUUACCUGUUUGGAAAUGUGUCUCUGAUCGAUACAGAUGUUGUGACUGUGGUUGCUCCUGAUAUUAUACGCGACAGUUUAUCAUUUAUUGGUAGUCAGUCACCACGCACUGUGCAAAACUACUUGAUACUUCAUUUCAUCACGAAUGAAAAUUCGAUAAUGCAUAAACGAUUUCGAAGCAUUGGACAAUCGUAUAGAAAUCGUUCUCAAGAAAUCUCUGAUGAACAGUUACAUCGAGUCGGAUGUGCUAAAUACCUCAGUACAACGAUGAGUUCGGUGGUUUCCCAAAUCUACGUUCAAAAAUAUUUCAAUAAAGAUGCUCGAAAAGAAGCACGUAAAAUGUUCCGCAAUAUUCGAAAUGUAUUUAUCCAUAUGAUCAAUCAGUCGACAUGGAUGGAUUCAGAAUCAAAAAUUAUGACAAUUAAAAAAAUUCAAGCUAUGAAAGGAAAAAUUGGUUAUCCUGAUUAUUUUGAGAACGAUGAUAUGAUGAAACUUAAGAAAGAAUAUGAAUAUAACUUCAAUUCAUCUUUUACGUUUAAUGGUUUGCAUUUAAAUCAACUACAUUCAAAAACUCAUUUUCAAUCAUUGCAUGAUCCAAUCGAUAAAAACGAGUGGCUACACAUUCUGCCGACAACUAUGAAUGGCCAUUAUUACAUAUUAUUGAAUGAUAUCAUUAUUCCUGCUGCUUUUCUUCAAAUACCUCAUUUCGAUAACAAUCUGCCAAAGUAUCUUAGUUAUGGCGGUGCUGGCUUUAUCAUUGGACAUGAAAUUGCACACAGUCUUGAUGAUAAUAGUCGAGAUCAUGGCAUGUAUGAAAAUGAGUUUUCUUUAUGGACUAAUGAGACUAUAGAAGCACUUAAUGAACGCAUGAAAUGUGUUGUCAAUCAAUACAAUAAUUAUACGUUUACUCAAGUUAAUCGACAGUUAGAAGGUGAGCGAACACAGAAUGAAAAUCUUGCUGAUAUCAUUGGAUUGAAACAGGCUUUCUUCGCCUAUAAAAAAUGGACUAAAAGUCAGAAAAAUGUUGAUAAGAAACUCCCGGGUCUUACAAAAUAUUCCAACGAGCAAAUGUUUUUUAUCAAUUUUGGUUAUACAUGGUGCAAGAUAAUGUCCGAUGAAGUCGCAAACAUUUAUUUGACCCAUGAUACACAUUCACCUUCUGAAUUCAGAGUAAUUGGUUCUACAUCGAAUUUCAUCGAAUUUGAUCAAGCAUUUGGCUGUAAACCAGGUCAAGGCAAUAGUCGAAUGAAUAAGUGCUACUUCUGGUAG